AUGGUGCUAGAUCAAUCUAGCGGUUAUGUUGCUCCGAGCAAUGCGUCCGAAGCGCCCGAUCCGUCACUCCCCAUCUUCGACGUGCGAGAUGUCCAGCUUCAAUUCUCGAUCGCGGCAGACUUUGUAGCUGCGCAAGUGGCUAAUAAUGUCCUGAUAUUGGCACUCGCAACAGGACGCAUAUUGCGGAUAGAUCUGGAUAGUCCGGAGGAUAUCGAUGAUAUCGAUCUACCUAAGAAAUCUUCAGAAACUGGAGUCAUUUGUCGAUUGUUCCUCGACCCUACCGCUUCGCAUCUAAUCAUCACCACAACGCUCGGCGAUAACUACUAUCUACAUACCCAGUCCCGUCAACCUAAAUUAUUGUCGCGCCUAAAAGGCUCGAUCGAAAGUGUGGCCUGGAACCCUUCAGAACCGACUGCGUCUACAAGAGAGAUUCUGGUGGGGGUCACCGAUGGGAAUGUGUACGAAGUGUAUAUUGAACCUUCAACCGAAUUCUAUCGUCGCGAAGAGCGAUAUGUCACGAACGUCUAUCGAGUUCCGGAUACGUCAAUCACUGGUAUCUUCGCCGAUUUGAUACCAGGGAAACCGGAUCAGCGAUAUGUGGUUAUAUCGACACCUACGAGGUUAUUGCAUUUCCAGGGGCAUGCUGGUCGUCAUGGGAAAGACGGUGUUUAUGCUGAGCUAUUCCAGCGCAAUACGCCUACCGUGCAUGAGAGUCCAAGGGCUACAAAAGCAGCGCCUUCGUCUCUGGCAAUUUCACCCCAACAGACGGAGGAGUAUCAUAUUGAUGGGCAGCCAUCAGAAUUGCGAUUUGCGUGGCUUUCUUCCCCGGGUGUACUGCAUGGUUUGUUGAAUCAUGCUUCGUCUGACGGAAGCAAAAUUAUGGAAAAUGCUUCUCUAGUUCCACGAGAUGUAUUCCCAGCGACGGAAUCUGCGCGUGGUGGGAAAAAACUCAUCCAAGAUCCCGUGACUGCUAUUACCCUUUCACAGUGGCAUGUGCUCGCCCUGGUCGAAGGACACGUAGUCGCCGUGAACUUGCUCAGUGGUGAAGUUGUAUACGAUCAACCAGUUCUCGAACCGGGACAGACAGCUCUCGGUCUUUUUAGUGAUCGCGUAAAAAAUACAUACUGGCUCUUUACGCCGCGUGAGAUCUACGAAAUUGUGGCUUAUGAUGAAGACCGCGAUGUAUGGCGUCAUUUUUUGCAAGAGCAGAAAUUCGAUGAAGCUCUUCGAUAUGCACAGAGUGCUUCGCAAAGGGACGCUAUUGCCACCGCUUCAGGCGACUAUCUUGCUAAUAAAGGAAAGUAUCUGGAAGCAUCUGCAGUAUGGGGAAGGAGUAGCAAGAGCUUUGAAGAGGUUUGCUUGACGUUUAUCAAUGCGGGUGAACAUGAUGCCUUGCGCAAGUACCUUUUGACCAAACUUGCGAGCUACAAAAAGUCAUCUGUGAUGCAGCGUACGAUGAUUGCAAGCUGGCUUAUAGAAGUAUUUAUGGCAAAGUUCAAUUCUCUUGAUGACACAAUUGCGACCAAGGCAGAGCUUGCAGAAGGCACUAGCACCGGAGAAUCAAAAGCGCAGCUUGAAAGUAUUCGAGCUGAAUUCGAGGAAUUCGUGACUAAAUUUCAGUCUGAUCUGGACCAGAAGACUGUUUACGACAUUAUUAGCAGUCACGGACGUGAACAAGAACUGCUUUUCUUUGCAAACGCCACUAAUGACUACAAUUACGUUCUAUCGUACUGGAUACAACGAGAGAAGUGGACAGAAGCUUUGAAUAUGCUUCAGAAACAAACCGACGCCGAGGUCUUCUACAAAUACAGUACUGUACUCAUGGUCCAUGCUGCGGUUGGACUUGUGGAUAUCAUGAUCCGCCAAACGCAUCUCGAUCCUGAGCGACUAAUACCCGCCAUGCUCAGUUACAACAAUACGGUGAAGCCGACUCUGAAUCAGAAUCAGGCCGUGCGCUAUCUGAAUUUCAUCAUAGCGAACCAUCCUCAUCCGGCGGCAGCGGUGCACAAUACCUUAAUAUCUAUCCAUGCUUCCAGUCCUUCUACCAACGAAACGGCACUCCUCAGUUAUCUCGAAUCGCAACCCUCCAACUCACCUCCGUAUGAUGCUGAUUUCGCUCUCAGACUAUGUAUACAAUACGAACGAGUCCAAUCCUGCAUUUAUAUCUACAGCUCCAUGGGCCAAUACCAACAAGCAGUAGAACUCGCCCUCAAAUACGACGACAUUGAAUUCGCAGCCAUCGUCGCUGACAGACCCGAAGGCAACGACAAACUUCGAAAAAAGCUCUGGCUCCUCGUCGCCGAAAAGAAGAUCCGCCAGCCUGGCACGGGCAUCAAAGACGCAAUUGAAUUCCUCCGUCGUUGCGAAUUACUUCGCAUCGAAGACAUGAUUCCAUUCUUCCCAGACUUUGUGGUAAUCGACGACUUUAAAGACGAAAUUUGCAAAGCCCUCGAAGAAUACUCCAUUCACAUCGACGAACUACGUCAAGAAAUGGAUGCAUCCGCCCAAACAGCAGGUCAAAUCCGAGCCGAAAUCACCGAUCUAGAUAGUCGGUAUGCCAUCGUCGAACCCGGCGAAAAAUGCUGGAUUUGUUUAUUGCCAUUGUUGAGUCGACAAUUCUUCGUGUUUCCGUGUCAACACGCUUUUCAUAGCGAUUGUCUGGGCAAGGAGGUUCUGGAGGGCGCUGGUGGGAAGAAGAGGUAUAUACGGGAUUUGCAGGCGCAGCUGAACAAAGGUAAUUUGUCGGCGAGUAGGAGGGAGAAGAUUAUUGUGGAGUUGGAUUCGUUGAUUGCGGAGGCAUGUAUAUUAUGUGGUGACCAUGGAAUCAGGCAGAUAGACAAGCCAUUCAUCACUGAUGCGGAUAAUGUGGACGAAUGGCAGCUAUGA